AGCAGUUUAGCGCUGAAAUAAAGUCACAGCAAGUGACUGAGGUACCAAGUGGCCCUCUAGGGGGAAUGGAGUUUGAAGAGGUGUCAUGCCCCUCCUCACCCCCCCGAACAUGGCUUGGUGAAAAGUUCUGUGCGGUUAUGAGUACCAGGUAUUAGCCACAGACUAUGGGACAUUUGUGAUUCUCAUACUUGUGGAUCUCUCUGAGCUCUAGCCAUCAUUAACCGAGAGGCUGUUUACUUCCUUGCAGACCUGGCAGGGCUAAGUGGACGUGUGUUGUGGUGUGUCUGUUUCUUCCUCAUAUAGUAAAGCCAGAAAGUGGUGAUGGAUAACAGCACCUCUCCUAGAGCUUGGAUCAGCUGCCACACUAUCUACUGGAAUAAGUCGCAUUUUCUGGGACCACACCUGCAUACUAAAAGGUGUAACAGUUGCCAGCACCAGUAAUGACCUAAUGCUGGCUUCACAUGACGUGCCUGGGAGGAGACAAUCAGCUGCUCACUUAUAGACACACCUCCCUCUUCCUUUGCCUGAGGAUGUGAUAAAGGGACCGACAGCAGUGGUGAAGGGCAGAGAGAACUGAGUUGUGGAUUGGGCUCUGGCCAGCGACCCAGGGCCCCCUUCUAGGCUGCAGCCAGCAGGAGUGUGGUCCUUUGCCAGGAAACUCUACAAAAGCAGCUCCCACCAGAGGGAAUAUUAGCAUCAUAAAGAUGAAGGGAGAUGCUGCACGUUCCACGGGGGGCUCACGGCAGAAGCAGGCGGGGAAGCUCUGGGACUCUAUGAAGAUAACUGGCUUCAUACUGGGCACUGGCCUGCUGCUGUUUGCUGCCUUCAGGAACUCUGUCACCUGGCACGGCCUUAGUUCCAAGCCUUGUUUACUGGUGCUUCAAUGGACUCCUGAUGGUGGCAGAUGGGACCGGAAAGCCCAAUUUCAUCACCCGGUACCGAAUUCAGUUGGGCAAAAACGACCCUGUAGGUAUUUCUCGCCGUGCCUGCCGAGCUGGACGAAUACCACCUGCAUUUUCUUAGAGGAAGAAGGGAGGAUGGGGGAGGCAGAGCUGUCAGUCUCCUUCACCCCACCCUCCCAAAACCUCAUGCUCUUCUACACUGGGGGCUGGCGGAAUAGAAUCAAGGUGGAUCCAGCGAAGCUGCGGCAGGCUGUUCACACAGUGCUGUUUAAUCAGGUUUUCAUCUCUCUCCCAAUGAUGAUGCUCAUGCUCCCCAUCAUGAAGUGGCGGGGACAGCCCUGCAGUGAGGAACUACCCACCUUUCACUGGUUUCUCCUGGAGUUGUCCAUUUUUACCCUGGUGGAAGAAAUUCUCUUCUACUAUUCACACCGGCUUGUUCAUCACCCGCUUCUGUACAAGCGCAUACACAAGAAGCACCAUGAAUGGACCGCUCCCAUUGGUGUAGUCUCCCUCUAUGCUCAUCCGGUCGAGCACCUGGUUCAAUCAGUGCUACGGAGUCCUGGGGGUGCUGGACCGCCUGCAUGGAACAGACACGCUCUUCAAGCAAACCAAGGCCUACGAGAGGCACGUUAUCCUGCUGAGCCUCACCCCUCUCACGGAGAGCAUUCCCGACUCACCCAAGAAAGCCAAGUGAACCCGCCUCCCCUGCGGCUUGCACGGGGGAAUCAUGAGAGCUAGGAACCAUGAUUAUGCCAAGUAAUUUUCUAAUGAGAAGCAGGUUAUUGUUCAUCCUAAGUAUCAAAGACAAAGCGGAACCAUAACCCGUUGCUGGUGACAUUUGAACUCGCUUCCCUUCAGUCCCCCGCAGCCUGGAGUGCAGAGCUCAGCUCCAGGCAGCAGCCCUACAGCUGGGGAGCCUCCUGAAGUGAGCGUAGCGUUUUUUUAGUCCCCUGGAUCAAGCUGCCCACAGACUGCCCCAUGCAGGUUUCCUUCCAGCCCCACAGAAAUGGCUGCUGUUCAGAUCUCCCAUUUCCUGCUUGAGGCUUUUGGACCCAGGACGAAAUCUCACCUGCAUUGCAUGGGGAGUCACAGGGGAAUUCAAGAGCACUGCACUCCAGGCAUUCAGCCUGCCCUGAUCUCAUCCCAGCACUCUGGGCCUGGGAGAAUCAACCCGAAGACCACAUGGAAACACGCUUGUUGGGGCAAUGUGGCCCUUCGUAACCACUUCACCAGCACCAUCAGCCCUGAGAGCUCAACAUCCCACAGUACGGUUACUCCCCAUACCUAUGAGAUAAGGGCUUCAGGCUUCAAACCAUCACUGAUCACCAGCAAGGGUCAGGCAGAUGCUACCCCCACACAGCACAGUGCUACAUUACUGGGAGCACGACACAGGUUUUAUCGUUUUAACAAUUAAUACGGAGGAUGAAACCAAAAUGCAAGUCACAAAGGGAACUUUCUAGGACGGAGGUUCUGGGGUUGAAGUCUCAUUAGCAUAGCUAGUAGGGGCUGACUGCUCCAUCCCACCAAGACUCACCUGAAUUCCAACACAGCAAAGUAGGCAAAGGGAAACCCCUAGGAUUGCAUAAAGUUAUACGUGAUGGAAGAGCUCCCCGACAUCACUGUUCUCCUGAGCUGUUUGGUAGGGAGAGCUGCAAAUCCCUUAAACAAAAUGGUCUCCCUGUCAGAAAACCACUACACCAUUAGGACACAACUGAAAGUAUCACAGAGCACCCAGAGCAGCGAGUGCUGAAAAUCAGGCCUGAGGUGUGUUGGCAGAGCAGCAUGGGGGCUUGGGACAGGAACAAGCAAGGGAAGAGUGCACGGGAUUGAGACUGAGCAGUCCUACAAGAGCUCUUCUGCGGAGACCUUGUAUAGUGCCCCAGCAUGGGGGCUUGGGACAGGAACAAGCAAGGGAAGAGUGCACGGGAUUGAGACUGAGCAGUCCUACAAGAGCUCUUCUGCGGAGACCUUGUAUAGUGCCCCAGCAUGGGGGCUUGGGACAGGAACAAGCAAGGGAAGAGUGCACGGGAUUGAGACUGAGCAGUCCUACAAGAGCUCUUCUGCGGAGACCUUGUAUAGUGCCCAGCUGCAGCGUACGUGUCGGGUGCCAUCCGUGUCUCACCUUCACGAGUAUUCAUUCCCCAUGAGACGUGUCUGAUCUAUAACUCAGACCCUUAGACCCCAGAGCAAGGAAGGUUGCAGGGACAGGAGAGUCCAUACCACACGGUCUUUUGAGGUUUUUAUUUUUAUACGUUUUUUUGUAUUAAAAAGGGAAAAGCAUAAUGACCACAAAUUACAAAGGACUAAAGCGUUACUAGAAUAAUGAAUCACAGCAGCCUAGACAGCAGACACUCCGAAUAAUAUUACUGUUAUAAUACAAAGCUCUCAUUCAAGUAUUUUACAUUUUUUUGUUGUUGUUGUGGUUGUUUUUCUUUUCCUUUUAAAUGGGAUGAUGAUCCUGGCACACAAGUCAGGAUUAUGUACUAUUAACAGAAGAUGGAUCACAGAGUGGGUUGUGUUAACAAGAUUUUCCUCCCCAGUGAUGAGUGGUCUGAUAAGUCAUUUUAAAUUUGUCUCGACAAUAAAACGCAGCUGAAGAAGGUUGCAAAACA